AUGAUGGAAAUUUGUAAUUAUUUAUCUGAAUGUGGUGGUGAUGCCAUGAAACAUCCACCUGUUAAUUUAGAAACAUUUGAAUUUAAUUUGGGAAGAGUGAGCAAUUUAAAGUGUGAAAGUGCAGAAAAAUGUGGAAAUUGUGAAACAUGUUCUUUAAAUAGCAGAAUUAGUUUUGUCAAAUCUUGGUUUCUGAGACUUGGUGACCAUUCACAAAGACGUUUUAUGUUAGGACUAUUAAGAAGAAUACAUAGUGUGGAUUUAUUGACUCAACUUGUUAAUUUAUUACAACCUUUAAUGAAUAAAGACUAUACAUACGCACGGACAAGAACCCAUCCAGGACUUGAUACAGACUUAGCUACCUUGAGUUCAGAUCAUGCAUUAACAUCUACAGCAGUAGAAUACUACCUCUCUUCAACAUGGGAUUGGUUUACAGAAGCCAAUUAUUGGACCAAAGCAAAUUUUGCUAUGAAUAUAUUGCAACUUUGUGGUAGCCAUUUACUAUUUAUUUUGUCAUCACAAGCACAAACUUUAUUAGUUUCUGAAGAAAGAGCAUUAUCGGCAAAACCAGGAUCAUUUUAUACGGAAGCAGGAUCUGUUCAUAGUAGUGAAUAUUCUUAUGAUACAAUUAAUCAUCCUGAAUUAUCAUUAUUAACACAAACAUGUCCUGGCUAUAGUCAAAUCCAUAUUGAUCCUUUUACUGGUGACAGUCUAGAAUUAAAUAUAAGAGAAGAUAAUAAUGAUGAGAUUAUUAGUGACAGUAUAAGUAGUAUUGAUCCAGCCUGUAUGAUCAUUCCAACUGGAUCCAAAGCUUAUUCUGGAGUAGCUAGGUAUAAGGAUUUUAUUAGAUCGCUACCAGUUCAUCUAGCCAAGUAUAUUUUAAGUUUUUUGGAUCGAUCAAGUUUAACUAAUGCUCUAUGUGUUAGUGAUAAUUGGAGAAACUUGGCAGAAGAAGUACAUCAAGAACAUUAUGUUAAUCAACAGUUAAUUGAAGAAGUUAUGUUAAUGCAGGGAGCAGCUGCACAAUGUGCCAAUCCAGUAUUUGCUAAUGAUAUUGAUGUACCUGUACCCAAUUUACAUCCGGGAUCUAAUAGUGUCAUCUAUACUAAUAAUGAUACAGUAUUAAAAACACACUUCCGUAAUGAUGUUAAUUUUGAUACAGCUUAUAAUGGUGUAUCUACUAGAAAUGUUAUAUUAGAAGAAAGAAAUGUAUAUUGUGGAGCUUACAAUGUUAUGGUUUUAAAAGAUCAAUACUUCCUUGCAGGGGUUGAUAUCAAUAGAGUUCUACAUACUGAUGGUGGUAAUUUAAUAGCUACAGGAUCUAAAGAUAGAAAAGUCCGAUUUCUAGAUGCUGUAUCUGGUAAAGAGAAGGGACCAUUGAUAACAGGACAUGCAGGAUCUAUAAGAUGUGUAUUUAUUUGUGAAGACAAGGGAUUUGUAUUGAGUGGUAGCUAUGAUACUAGUAUUAGGUUAUGGUCUAUAGAAACUGGACAUUGUUUAAAGAUAUUUCGUGGACAUCGAGAUACUGUCAAUGCUAUUAUAGUAUUAGGUGAUGUUAUGGCCUCUUGUGGUAAAGAUGGUGCCUGUAAGAUUUGGAAUGUAACAACUGGUAAAUGUCAACAAACUUUUAGACAUCGAAGUUCUGCCUGUAGUUUAGCAUUAUCUAAAGGACUAUGUAUAACUGGGUGUGAAUCAGGAAAGAUUAGAGUGUGGAAUUUAGAAACUGGUAACUUGGUCAAGACAUUAAUAGGACAUCAUGGACCUGUAGUUGAUAUCAAGUUUGAUAGGUGGCAUAUAGUAUCUGGUAGUAGAGAUGGUUAUGUAUUAGCAUGGAGUUCAUUAGGUGAUCAUUCUAGAUGUCUCACAGCUCUACGUCAUCCCAAGGAAGUAUUAUGUAUAGAGUUUAUGUAUUUAAGAGUUAUAACAGGAUCAGCAGAUGGUAGACUAAGAAUCUGGAAUUUAAUAACAGGACAAUGUUGUCGUAUAAUGAGAGGAAAUAGCCGUAGUGAUCCUAUUUUAUCUAUUAUCACUAAUGGUGAUAGAAUUACUUUGAACACAAGUAGAAAUUUACUGGUAUUGAAUUUUGAGAAAGUGGAAUGGGAUUAUACCUUAGAAACAGAUGCUGUGCCACCAUUAGCUCAAUAUGGAUCUUAUUCUGAUGCUCCAAUAAGACCACAAUCAUAUGCUUAUGUUAGAGCUAUGAGAAUGAAGAAGGCAGGAGCUACUAAUUCUAAAAUUAUUGAUCAUGACGGGAAACUUAGUCAAAAUAAUACUUUUACUCAACCAUGGCUACAGUCUGAUUAUCCUGCACCACAAAUAUUACAUAGUGCCAAGACAUUGAGUGCAAGAAGUUUAGAAAGUGCUAGAAAAAUCCAAUCCAGUCGUUCUGGUGAAGCUACUUUUGAAAGUCGUCUGUGGACUGGUGGAACAGAGGGUAAGAAGAGUGAUGUUGGUGUUACAUGGCAUGGUAAAGAGGUUCAGAUGACAUCACCUCCACCGAGUGCCCCUCAUUCAGCACCUAUCUCUCCAGUUAAACGAACUCGCUCAAGAUCUUGCAGUAGACCUAAUACUGUUAAAUCUCAACCAUCUUCUGUUAAGAUUAUGGAUCCUCCUGUUCAACAACCAGAUGAAUUAGAAAUCAGAACUCCUAUACAUAUAGAAAGAAGAGUAUCAUGGGCCUUUGAUAAGCCAUUAUUGCCUUCGGUCAAAGAUAUUUCUCUUUCUGAAAUGAAGGCCCUGUUGAGGUCUCAAAUUAGAAUGAAGACUGAGAAUAUUAUUCCUCCAGAUUUUAUUUAUUUAACUGUCAAUUCAAUACAGAGAACUAUGAGUCAUUCAGAAACUAAUACCAAUACUACUACAAAUCUUAAAGAACAGUCCCAACCAAUUUUUAUUAAAACCAACAGACCAUCUUCAUCACCAGGUAAAAUAGAUCCUAAAACUAAAGUUCCCAUUGAAGAAUUAGGAUUAGAAUAUCUGAAGGCUUUUUCUGAAGAUGGAGAAUCCAUGUCUGAAAUCUCUGAUUUAAAAUCCAUUAGAUCAUUGAGAACCAAAGAACCAAGUAAACCAUUACCACCUCCAGAAAAAGAAGUGUAUUCAGUAAGAUGUGUAGCAACACCAAUCAAAACUAAAAAGUCUCAAUCACUUCAUCCAAAACAUAUCAAAUCAACUCUCCCGCGUGGUAGAGUUAUUCGCCCUUUAUCUGCUGCUGUUAUGCAGAAAUUACCAGUCUCUCCUGAAUUUGUUAAAACAUUAAGCCAAAGACCAAUUACUGCUCCUAUGAGGAGUAGAGCUACCUCAUUAGGUUCUAUACCACCUUCCAUAGCGCCAGCUCUUCCUGGUAUGAAUUCUGCACGACAAAGAAAACAGGAAAUGAAAUCACAGACCAGUGAAACAGCAAGCAUUGUACCAAUGUUGAUGUAUUCACAAGAUGUGAAAGAUAAAAUAGAACAGCUGAAGAAAAAGCGUCAGGGUGAAAACUGUGUAGCUUCAUCAUCAGGAUCUCCUGCCAUUGGUAAAGUUAGUCCCUUUAACGAUCCACUUCGUACCAGUGUUAAAUUUGAGUUACGUACCAACGAACAAGAACAAGAGAUCGUGAACAUAAUCAAGAAUAACUAUAAAGACAAGAAAGCAUCUGAUGAAGAAACACAAGAAAAAAGAAAAAGAGCAGCUUGGUUAGCUAAAGCUAGAAGCAGACCAUGA